GCGGGCGGCGGAGAGGGGAAAAAGGGCAGCCGGGAGAAGAAAAAGCCUCGCAGUAGAGAGAAGACAAAGCAUCACACAAGAGACGGGCAGGGGUUUGAUGUCGACCGAGACGAGGAUGGUGGGGUUCUGGCGGUAACAGGCAGCACCUCAAUGGAGACGGGGAACGACUUUAGGCCUGGGUGGAUUACGCGGCCUGGCGAGCAGGACCUUGUGAUUAGCUCCACCAGCGCAACACAGUUUACCGAUAUUGUUGGCAGGGCACUUGUAGCAAAGAAUGGAACUUGCUUCGCUCAGCUCCAAAAACGGUUGGCGGAUGGUCUCGGAUCAAUUCGAACCUCGAAGACGACAUCGUCGUCCAAGACUCAGUGCCUUCCGGGAAGCGGGACGACAACAUACCACGGAUCCGACAGCGACAAGCUCGUCCCAUGUUCGGUUUCGCCUCAAAAGGAAGUUCGGAUUAAUCCGAACCGGGAAGCCAGUACCGUUGAGCGAGCACAGCGGUCUACGGAACUCGAACGGAUGGUCCAAGUUUCCGAAAACCCUGGCGGCAAAAUUUGGAUUCAUCCGAACCAGGAGGACGUAUCCGCCAUGACAUACGAUAGGUGUCAGGAUGCCGUAAUGCUGUGCAUGGAAGUCCACAAGGAGCUGCAGGCAGGCUGUCCGGAUGAGGGUGAGUUAGUGACCAGUUUCAAUGUCGAGCACCGCACACUCGGAGCCGAAUGCCAGGUGAUGGUACGCGCUGAGUUAACAGUCUUAAGCGACUCACCGGUGAAAGCAGACACGUCGGCGCCGUUAGAAACUGCGGGGGCUCGGAUGAAUCCGAACCGGGGCCCUGUGAGCAUGUCCAUCCCUGAUGCAGCUUUGGAGACGACCGUAAUUCGGAUUCAUCCGAGGCAUACGGACAAAGGACUUCAACUGGCAGGCGUUGACAGUUGUCGACUUCUGACGACUUUGGACAAGGACGAUUCCGCCGACGACCGGAUUGAUCCAACACUCAGCGACGUCGGGAUGGAGCAACCAGUUCAACCAGCAUACGACGACCCCUUGUACUCCGGCCUUCACGACGAGGCGAUGGGAGAGGACGUUCUGAAGAAGUCCUCUGACGCUGUUGGAGAUAGAUUUCUCUAUUUGAGUGACGACGAUAAAGACACAGCGCACGAGGACAAGAAGUUAAGGGGGGGAGAGGUGUUAUUGGACAUCCAUGGGACCUUGAGCACAACACAAUACGACACACUAGCGAUGGAGAAAACCCGACCUGUCGAUGUUGUGGACGUCGACGCUCUCUGUCCGGAAACGGACAGACUAAAAUUACCCGUCGCGGACGUGGAGGAUUUUCGCCAUCGGGACGGGGAUGAAUUUAUGUCGUCUCCGGUCAUCGACGCCGACAUCUCGAACUUGUCAAGUUUCCCUGUGGGUUUGGAGCACGUCGUCGCCGCGUCGACGCGCAUGGGGGCGCCAAUCGUGCUGGGACUGCCAUCGGUGGGCUCUAGUGACGUGGAAGCUAAGCAUGGUAAGCACUGACUUCCUCUGCUUGCUUCCCACUCGUCGGCCCGUUCGUGAAGUGUUGUUUGCUUCGUCG